AUGGUCGUGCUUGGAGAUGCGCUUGUCAUCGAGCCGCCAUUGAUAAAUUCUUCCUGUCCCUGGGCUUCCAACUUGGAACAGUUAACGGAGCUCUACCGGUCGCCUUACACCGGUGCCAUAACAACACGGACUGCGACCAUGAACGGGUUCGAUGAGGACCCGAACGUUCAAACCGUGGCAUUCCAUAGGACCUCGUACUCUUCAAUUAACUCAUACGGAUACUCUCCUUUCCCGCUCCAGCAGUAUCUUUCCUGGUUGGAGGAAAUCAUCGAGUCUCAUCCAUCAUCCAACAAACCAUUUAUCAUCAGUAUCACGUCCUCACUCCCCGACGAGCUAGCUACGAUGCUUGAUAAGAUCCUGGCUUUCAGAAGAAGCGUCCAAUAUCUCAGGGGGAAUGGGAAAAUGAUCGAGAUUGGUGUCGAACUCAACACCAGCUGCCCUAACAUUCCCAAUAAGCCACCUCCGUCCUAUGACAUGGUAACUCUGCUGCCUCUCCUGGAGGUACUUUCUUCGUUCCAUGAGCGCCAGCUUCAAGGGGAUCCCCCAUUACCGUUUUAUAUCCCCAUAGGCAUCAAGUUAUCCCCUUAUGUGCACAAUGGUCAGUUCACGGAGUUGGUGAGCACGCUUCGUAUUCUAAAAUCAGCUUCGGGGCGGAAUGCGCACCCUAUAUCGUUCCUUACGUGCACGAAUACACUUGGUUCGAGCCUUCUAUUCCAAGAUCAGAUCGAGGGUGCACCGACUCGAGUGGCAACCGAGUUUGCGCUGCCAUCUCCCACGGGACACGGAGGACUAGCCGGAGAGGCCAUCCAUGCGCUGUCAUUAGGGAACGUCCAGGCUUUCAGCCGUGAACUUGAGAGGGCGUCAUCUGAUGAUGUGCGCCUUUCUGGGAUCAAGAUUAUUGGAGUCGGAGGCGUCACGAAUCGUGAGGCAGUGUUAAGAAUGAAAAGGGCCGGUGCGAGCGUAGUAGCGUGUGCUACGGCUCUGGGGAAGGAGGGCGUCAUGGUCUUUGAAAAAUUGAACGGCCCAUAA